CCGGCGUUCUCUGUGGGCAGAGUCACUUCCGCCCCAGGUACGCGAGGCCGCGGCCUUCGUUCCUCCCCGAAAGGAGAUGGUAACCUUCAAGGACGUGGCUGUGGUCUUCUCCGAGGAGGAGCUGAGGCUGCUGGACUCUGCCCAGAGGAAGCUGUACCGAGAUGUGAUGCUGGAGAACUUCAGGAACCUGCUCUCCGUGGCCCAUCAGCCCUUCAAACCAGAUCUGAUUUCCCAGUUGGAAAGAGAAGAAAAACUUUUGAUGGUGGAGACAGAAACCCAGAGAAAUGGGUGUUCAGGAAGCAAGAAUCAACAAAUGAUGGAGAGCAUUCAAGAAGUGGGAUUAAGCUACCUUUCCCCCAAAGAGCUUUCCUCCUGUCAGACCUGGCAACAAGAUUCAGGCAGGUUAACCAGGCAUCAAGAGCUCAUGAAAGACUUUCAGGGGGAGAAUUCUCAAUUGCAAGAACAAGGUGAUUCCUUCUGCCAGGUUUGGGCAGGAAUGCCAGUUCAGAUUUCUGAAGAUGAGAACUAUAUAUUGACUCACAUAAAAAGUCAAGAGUUUCCAUCUUGGAGGGCCCAGUAUUCUUGGAGGAAAAUGCAUCUGAUGGAGUUACAUAAUUAUCAGUGUAGAUGUCAGCAAAUUUCAAUGAAAAAUAAUUUCUGGAAAAGUGACAGCCUCAGUCAGAUCUCACGUCACAGCGAUAAUCUGAGGGUACACAGAAAAGAAAAAAACUAUAGCUGCCAUGACUGUGGAGAAGAUAUAAUGAAGUUAUCAUUGCUUAAUCAGGACUCAAUUCAAACAGCGGAGAAGCUGGACCCAUGUACUGAGUACAGAAAAGCCUUCAUGAAUAACUCCAGCUCUGAAGCUCACCAACAGUUCAACUUGGAAGGGAAGCCAUGUGGAAAGGGCUGUGGUUAUAGGUCAGCUCUUCAUGUUCAUCACAGUAUUCAGAGAGAAGAUGAUGGUGUCAUUGAGAAUUCCCGUCUGCAAUCCAAUCAGAGAGUGCUUGCAGAGGAGAAACCAUGCAAAUGUGGGGAAUACGGUGAGAACUGCAAUCCGUACUCCUCUCUGAAUAAUUAUGAACUUAUCCACACAGGGGAGGCAUCCUGUAGAUGCAACAUUUAUGAGAAAACCUUUGGUCAUAGUUUAGACAUUAACAGUAUUUUUAGGGUCCAAACUAGGGAUGACCCUUAUGAAUAUGAGGAGAAUAGGAAUGUCUUUCAUCAGAAUCCGUGUCUUCGAGUCCAUCAGAAAAUCCACACUGAAGAGCAACUAUACAGAAGUGUUGAGCAUGGAAAGGGUUUCAUUUGUAGUUCAAAUCUUAAUAUUCAACAUAGAGUUUACAUGGAAGAGAAUCCCUGUAAUUCUGAGGAGUGUGGUAAUGGCUUCAAUCUGGCCUCACAUUUUCAAGAUCUUCAGAUAGUUCACACUAGGGAACAACCAUAUAAACAUUAUGUAUGUGGUAACAGCUUCAGUCGAAAUUUGAAUCUUCAAGGCCAUCAGAAAAUUCACAUUGGAGAGAAACCUUAUAAGGAAUGUGGGAAUGGCUUCAGCUGGAGUUCAAAACUUAAAGAUCAUCAGAGAGCCCAUGCUGGACAGAAGCCACACAAAUGCAAUGCGUGUGGCAAAGGCUUC